AUGAAUCAUGGGCCGACAUUAGUAAUUCAUGGAGGAGCAGGAGUCUUAUUACGUGAAAAUCUUUCAAUUGAAGAAAGACAAAAAUACCUUAUUGCACUGGAAGAAUCAUUAAAAGCUGGAAAUGAAUUGUUAAAGAAUGGCGGUAAAGCGAUUGAUGUUGUUGAGGCAGCUGUUCGAGUAAUGGAAGAUUGUCCACUUUUUAAUGCUGGUAAAGAAUCUUCGAUAAUGGUAGGAACAAUGGAUCAUCCGGCUGGAGCAAGCACACUGCUUCACACUGUAAAAAACCCAAUUACAUUGGCAAAAACACUUUUACUUGAUGCUGAUAACCCACAUGUAUUUCUUGGCGGUGUUGAAGCAGAGAACUAUGCAAAAGUUAAUGGAUUGGAAUUGGUGGAUCCUAAAUAUUUCUGGACCGAGAAACGUUGGAAACAACAUUUAGAAGGUUUAGAAAAGAAAAAGAAAGGUGGAAAGGAUGAUGAUUGUUAUAGUCUAGCACCAGGGUUUGAUUCAAGUCCUAUGGGAACUGUUGGUGCCGUUGCUGUUGAUAAGUAUGGAACAAUUGCUACUGCUACUUCUACAGGUGGCUUCAAUAAUAAAAAAGAUGGUCGUAUAGGAGACACGCCAUUGAUUGCAUGUGGCACAUGGGCAGAUAAUGAAACUUGUGGUGUAAGUGGAACUGGAAACGGUGAAGUAAUUGCACAAGAUGUUUCGUCACGAAUGAAAUAUUUGAAAGAAAGUGUCGAAGAGGCAGCAUUUAAUGUAGUUGAGAAUCUUAGGAAAGUUAAUGGAGCUGGUGGCGUUAUAGCCUUGGAUAAAUAUGGAAAUGUCGCUAUGCCAUUUAAUUCAACUGGGAUGUAUAGAGGCUACAUAAGAGCAAAUGAAGGAAUACCAUAUACAUAUGAUUACUAA